GAGUACAGGGUUGUCCUCAAAUCACAUAGCCUUGGUUUUGAUUGCCACAUGUCCCAGCUGGGGCAUUCAAUUGGCAGUAGUCCUCGUUUCGGCACGCAUCAUUUCGCUCGUUACUUUUCGGUUCUUUUCCGCAAAUAUUUCGGCACACUCUGCCCUCACCGCUUCAUUCACAGCGUUAAUUAUUUGAAAGGAAAUUGAUUACCAAAAAAAAUAAAUAAAUUAAAUAAUUCAUCAAAUUCAUCAGCAUGGCCAGCGCCCAAGCGGAAACCCUUGAGACUACGGUCUUCAAACCAAAUACGUUUCCGGAUAGUCGCCUGGUCCAGUCGGCUCACGAUGAGAGCAAUAAUAACGAGCCUGUUACGGUGCCCGAGUAUGAAAAUGAGCAAGUCUACAAAAUUGCAUACAAACAUCCGCUUGAACAUGUAUGGACGCUGUGGUAUCUGGAGAAUGAUCGCAACAAACACUGGCAGGACAUGCUCAACGAAAUUACUCAAAUCGACAGCAUCGAAACAUUCUGGGGCUUAUACUACACCAUUAAAACACCGUCGGAGCUGAAGGCAGGCAGCGACUAUUAUUUGUUCAAACAUGGCAUACAGCCCAUGUGGGAGGAUGCGGCUAAUAUAAAAGGCGGUCGUUGGCUUUUUACAGUUGGCAAGAGCGCCAAAUAUGCCAUCGAUCGCAUCUGGCUGGAUAUUUUGUUAAUGAUGGUGGGCGAGUCCUUUGAAUACGCCAGCGAAAUCUGUGGCGCUGUUGUCAAUAUACGCGCCCGGAGCAAUAAGAUAUCUGUUUGGACGGCCAAUGGCUCUAAUGAGUCGGCCGUUUUAGAAAUUGGCUUCAAGUUGAAAGCGUUAUUGCGUUUGCAAUCGCACAAUCUUCAAUAUCAACUGCACUCGGAUGCGUUGUCUAAAAUUAAUUCUGCAGUUAAGUCUGUAUAUAGUCUAUGAACACAGUUAUUACAUUACGUGUGUGAGAUGCAGGUGAGACUGGUGGUGAUAAUCGUACUCAAGAGUAAUUCAUUGUUUUGAUUUAGCCCAAAAUUGUAUUGAUAAAAUUUUAGUAACUGCAUAAACACAAAAAUUUUGAUUCAAUAAAAUUAUUGCAAAUUGUCAUGG